AUGGGGGAUAAUGGAAAACUACUUUACUCGUUAGCGGAGAAAAAACUAGCUCCAUAUGUGGAGUGCGGUUGGUUUGGUUUCCGAUUGCAUUACGAAGGCAACCAGACAUUACUGAAACCAUUACCUUAUCUAAAGUCCUUCUUGGAUUUAUUUAGUUUCCCCCUCGCCGCGACUUAUCGAAAACCGCUCGAUAAAGUUGUCAACAGGAAUGAAUCUGAAACCAAUUUGAGAGAGAAGAAAAAGUAA